CGGUCUCCAAAUGCCGCAACCGUUCAGGGUUCUCAUAGCCGGCGGCUCGUACGGCGGUCUCUCGGCCGCGCUCAACCUCUAUGACCUCUGCCGCGGCCUGCCUCCCCGGUGCGGCCCAGCGCCGGCCGAGGGUGAGGACCUGCCGGAGACGCCGCAGUUUGCCGUCGACAUAACCGUCGUCGACGAGCGGGAUGGCUUCUACCACCUCAUCGGCUCGCCCCUGGCGCUGGCGUCGGAAGCGUUCACCGAAAAGUGUUGGGUCAAGUAUGACGACAUCCCCGGGUUGCAGUCGCCCAACAUCCACGUCGUUCAGGGCAGCGUCAAGUCGGUUGACCCGGCGCGCAAGGUGGCUACCUACCUCCCCCACGGCAGCACUGCCGAGCCUCAGGAGGUGCGGUACGACUACUUCGUCGCAGCCUCCGGGCUGAGGAGGGCCUGGCCUGUCGUGCCUCAAUCGCUGCGCAGGAAGCAAUACCUGUUCGAGGCUGGCGACCACAUCCGUGCUGCCACAGCUGCGAGACAUGGAGUUGUCAUCGUCGGUGGCGGCGCUGUCGGCAUCGAAAUGGCCGCCGAGCUCAAGCUCGUCCACCCGCAUCUCAACGUCACACUGGUCCAUUCGCGCGACAAGUUGCUCUCCUCGGAAGCGCUGCCCGACGAGGUCAAGGACCGCAGCCUGGAGCUGCUGCGGGAAGCCGGCGUCGACGUGCUCAUGUCGCACCGGCUCGACCGCACAGAGGAGGUCAAGGACGACAGCGGAAACAGCUGCCUCAGGGUGCACUUCACCAACGGCCACAGCAUGCUGGCCGACCAGGUAUCCCUCGCCGUGUCGAGGAGCGUUCCCACGACGACGUACCUCCCGAACGACGUGCUCGACGAGCAGGGCUAUGUCAAGGUCCAAGCCAGCCUUGCGUUCCCCGAGCAAUCGCCCAACUCGGCCUUCCACUUCGCUGUCGGUGACUUGGCCAAGUGGUCCGGCAUCAAGCGCUGCGGCGCCGCCAUGCACAUGGGCUACUACGCGGCCCACAACAUCCACCGGCACAUGCAGUUGCAGACGCAGACAGAGGGUCAGGCUGCUCAGGCGACUGACAAAGGGGGGAUCCCGAAGCUGCUGGAGCUGGACGAGAUUCCGCCCAUGAUCGGGCUGGCGGUGGGCAAGAAAGCCGUGGCCUACUGGCCUGAGGGCGGGAUGAUGUCGGGUGAAGAUGUGAUGAAGACCUUCUUUGGUGACGAUCUCGGUUUUGCGAUCUGUUGGAAUCAUCUUCGACUCGGGGGCGAUAAGGUCCAGUGACGUAUGGUAUUGCAUUGCAGGGCGUUUUGGCCGGAUUUUUCUUCCUUUUUUUUUGGACAUGGAUAUGCAGAAAGCUUUUAGCACUUUCGGGUUCUGAUAUGAUGGUAUCUACACAAGUGAAAAGAAAAAUAACAUGGGAUGGAGCAAUAGCGGAAUGUUGGUCCCACCCAGGUUAACCGAUGCAUCUUUCCGAAUCGCAUCCAAGUUUUUUUUGUUAUUAUUAUUAUUCUUUUUUGGGUUCGUCCUACAUUCGGGUUUACAACUUGGGCACCAAACCGACCCCGGUACCGCCCAUGACCUUCUCGUUAUCGUCCAAGGGGCACAGCUGGAAGAAGCGCUCGCGGGAGCAGCUCACGAGGGCGGACCGCUUGUCGGGCAGGUCGAUGAACUUGUGAAGCCCAAACCCGUGGAUGAGGUCGUACAUGAGGACCGACGUGUUGGUAUACUUGGGCUCGCCGACCACGCUGGCGGUGCGGGGGUCGUCGAGGAAGAGGUAGUGCAUCAGGCUCGACCACCAGGCACUGACGCGGUGCGGGCCGCGGUACCGC